CCUACAAAUAAGAGUGAGAGCAGUCAUCAUUCAAGCGAUGAGACAGCACAACUUUCACACAACUUAGAUAGCUUAUUUCUUCCCUUCUUCGUCGUCUAAAUUGGAUGGUAACUUAAUCAUAAUCUAGUCGGUAAUGAACAAGGAGGCCAAGACGUAAACUGCUAGGUAAGGGUUAGGGCUCAAUCUACUACACCCAUUGCCUCUGCCAGCUCCUAUUGCACGCCGGCCUUCAGAAUCCCGUCGCUUCGAAUUGGCCCCGUGCUUAAGUGAACGCUUCUGUUCAAAACGCAGGACCGCCCAGGGCCGUACCUCAAGUUGCCGUGACAUGACAGUCGCGAGAUAGCAACCACUCAUUCACAUAUCCAUAUACCGGCGACCCCGGACAGAGCUGUACCAAGAAACAACACAAUGUCAGCCGCCAAGAAGCUCGUUAUAUGCGGAGGAAAUGGCUUUCUGGGCUCCAGGAUAUGCAGGGCAGCAGUUGCCCGAGGCUGGAAUGUCACAUCAAUAAGUCGGUCUGGCGAGCCACGGUGGGACACGGUGACAGCCUCCUCAACCCCACCACCAUGGGCCCACAGGGUGUCAUGGGAACGAGCAGAUAUCUUCCUCCCCGCCCCAUACGCGCCCCUUCUCAAGGGAAGUGACUAUGUCAUUCACAGCAUGGGGAUCCUACUGGAGGCCGACUACAAGGGCGUCAUUUCCGGGCGGGAAUCACCCUUCGCCGGCCUGCAAAAGGCCUUCUCCCCCACCAAGGGCCGCACGCCAAACCCACUGGAGCGGGGGGAGGGGGAGGAGAUCAAGCCGCCCGAGUCGGGCAACCAGCUGACGUACGAGAUGAUGAACCGUGACAGCGCCAUCCUCCUGGCCCGCGAGGCCGCCAGGGAGGACGCCGGCGCGUUCGCCUACAUCUCGGCGGCGGCCGGCGCCCCGGUCCUCCCGGCCCGGUACAUCUCGACCAAGCGGGAGGCCGAGGCCGUGAUCGCGAGCGAGUUCCCGGGCAUGCGCAGCAUCUUCGUCCGCCCGCCCUUCCUGUACGACAGCUCGAGGCCCGCCACCCUGCCCAUCGCGGCCAUGAGCUUCGCGGGGUCGCUCUUCAACGGCGCCACGCGCGGCGUGCUGGGCGGCUUCAUGGGCGUCGCCGGUACGAAGCCGCUUAAGGCCGACAUGGUCGCCGACGCUGUCGUCGAGGCUCUGAACGAUGAGAAUGUUAGGGGACCCGUGGAGCCAGCCGAGAUCGAGGAUCUGGCGAGCAAGGCGUGGAGGAGGUCCAUGCUUUAAAGGGGCGUGUUCCAUUAGGUGUAUCAAUAUCUGGAAACUCUAGAAUGUACCAUCACAAACUCCAUUCGCUGUCUAAAAAUAAAAUAAAAAAGACGGAUCGACGGUCGAAUCUCUCAAC